AACGUUGUGCUUUCUUCUUUUUUAAGUUUAUUCUUCUUGAAUUAGGUAGCGUUUCAGAUUUGGGAAGUUUUUAUAUUAAAAAUCAACUUUUUCUUUAUUAGAAAAUAGUAAUUUUCAUUUCAUUCAUUUUACUGGAAAAUAGUAAUUUUCAGUUCACCGACUAUUGGGUUUAGUCAAUGGUUUUAUCACUGAUUGACCAAGGAGUCAAUGACAGGCCGGCAAGGUUAAAAAUGAUAACGAAGUGUCAAACUGUCAACUGUCAGUGAGAGGACAAUGGUCGAGAAUCGUUUGCUUGCUUCGUUGCUUGCUGCGACAAAGCGUGGCACCGUGAUAGCUCGUGUCUGCAGGGCCGACGACCGCCUCCUUGCUCUCCUCGUCCAGGAAAAGAAAGACUCCGAACGAAAUCCGAGGUUCCAGCACGAUUUCAAGACGUUGGUCGACGUAUUUCUCCAAGAAGUGGUCAAACACGACCUUUCACUCUGUGAUACGUUUACAAAUUCAAAAGGAGAGGUGUUUGGUGAAGAGAACAAUGAGUUUUUAACUGAUGAAGGGACCAUACUGGUAGAGGUGAAGCCGACCUUGGAGGAGACUACAAGUUUACUCAACAAAGUUGUUAAAGACCAGGACGCCAGUCGAGUGUUGGCCGAAUGUGCCCACAACAAUGUCGACGUUGAUUUUUACUGUGAUAUAAACCUGGAUGUCAUUUUACCAGAGAAGAUUGGUGUCUGGAUUGACCCAAUUGAUUCGACAAGCGAGUAUAUUCAGGGAAGGAAGGACGAUCAAAGCGCAUUGGUCAGAUCAGGUCUUCCGUGUGUCACCAUUCUCAUCGGUGUGUUCAACAUGGACACGGGAGAACCACUGAUCGGUGUUGUAAAACAGCCGUUUUUCAAAUUUAGAAAUGGAAGUUGGUCUGGAAGGCUAGUUUAUGGAUAUAACAUCGGAGAUCAUAGAGGGAUAAAUCAGGAUUUUUCAAAUAUUCCAGUAAACAAGAUUGUUGCAGUCAGCUCAUCCGAGGACAACCAUAUUAAAGAGACACUUCAGAACCAUGGAUACACGACGGUCGAACUGGCAGGCGCCGGAUAUAAACUCCUCAGCAUAAUAUCCGGGGACGUCUCCGCUUAUGUUCUCAGCAAGCCGACGACUUACUUCUGGGACGUAUGUGCCGGCAAUGCCAUUUUAAAUGCAUGUGGGGGCGGUGUGGUCGACUUUUCGACCUUGGAGCCAAUCAAGUAUCGAGGCGGUGUAAGCCUCCAGGAGUGCUGCAAUGCCGGGGGUAUUCUUGCUUUUAGAAAUUCGGAAAUAAAAGACGAUCUUAUAACAAUUCUAAAUUUAAAAACGUCCAAAACUUAACAUUUUUACAAACAUUUUAAAACACCUCUAGGGAAAUUAUACCAUUAACAGUUUUUAUAAGUUGAAAGUUUGCGUCAAGCUAUUAUUUGAACUUUUGACGUAAGACUUUGGUUGAAAUGAAAAAGUUAGUGUUACGAGCAGGAUUUGAACCCACAAACUCAUGACACUAACUUUUUCAUUU